GUCUUGACUCAGAGCGAAGCAGAGCACAGCAGCAGCCGCUCGCCUCUGAGGACACAUCUGGAGGGAGUCUGCAGGUGUAUGAGUCGGGUGAAGAGGCUCGGGUGCUGAGCUGGUCCAGCUGCUGGUCUACACGGAAUCCACAACAUAAGAGCAAGAGGAGACAGCCAUGUUUGGGAUGAUCAAGAACUCUCUGUUCGGGAACACAGAGGAGACGGAAUAUAAACUCUUGAGCACUGAGAGCAAGGACGGCGUGAGCUUCGAGGUACGGCGCUACGAUGCGGCCAAGUUUGCGGUGGUGUCAUCUGAAGGUCGCACCUUCGACCAGGCCACCGGCGAGCUGAUGAGGAAGCUGCUCAUGUACAUCGGCGGCAGCAAUGAGCCAGGUGAGGCCAUGGGCACCGCAGCACCCAUCAUCAUCACCGUCUACCCACGCAACGACGGCGUGCUCUCCCGCCGUUUGGUGGUGGCCAUCAGGGUGCCCAGCUUCUACCAGCAGAGCCCCCCGCCUCCCACUGACAGUGCCAUCAGGAUCGAGGAGCGACCCGGCAUGACUGUAUACGCCCUGAACUUCGGAGGGUUCGCCGGUGAGAGCGAGUAUCGGGCGGAGGCCUUGCGCUUGACACGCACACUGGGAGAAACAGCGCCCUUCCAGCGCAAGCAGUACUUCUGCUGUAGCUACGACGCACCGUUCAAGCCUUACGGGCGGCGCAAUGAGGUCUGGUUCCUGCAGGAGGAGCCAUAGGCGCUGCGUUCUUCCAACAGUGCUUGACCCGUCUGGUGACAUUUUGACUUGUGGACUCUAGUCACAGUUGAAAUAACAAUCCUGGACAGGUCAUUUUCAGAAGCUUUCAUUCCGGCGUUUCUGUUAUCAUUUUUACGCACAAGAUAUUGCAAGAUCUCGGUUCUGCCACUAAGCUAACUGUGCUAAUCAGAAUCAUCACAAAGGACUAAAUCAAAAUAUCACCAGGCAGAUUCAAACGUCGUGCCGGGGAAGUUGGGACGCAGCUCACCCGCAAUGGGGCGGCUUUUUUUUGUCUUACUAAGGGACGAUACAGUGCCCUCCAUCUAACGUGAAGACAAACGUGAAGAUGAUCGUAGCAUCCGUCACCAUGACUUCAUCGUAACCAGUAACUAGUGAGUUGGACUCAGAAGACAACACACGACUGAAGUGUGGAGUUGAACAUCGCAGGUGUGACAUCAUUUUGACCGCGCAAGAAAAUCACUCAUAGUCACCAGGAAAUAGUUCAAUGUGUAUCGACAUCUCUGAAUGGAUUGUGUCCGUGGCCAAGUUGAACCUCCACAGAGACUAACCAACAGUGUCAACUUAGAUCAUUAUAAACUGUCGCGCCAUCCUUGGCUCAACCUUUAACAUCACACCUCCAUCGGCAGGUUUCAUUCAGUCGCACACAAAUCCACUUUCUCCUUCGAUACGCUCAAAAAUACUUGAACACAACAGUCUUAAUCAAAAUAUGACUUUUAUUUUUCAUAUCUCGUCUGAAAUAAGCACUUAUUUUCAUAAAAAAAACAUUAAAUAUUAGUGAGGUGUUAUUAAUGUGACUAUUUCAACAUAUUUAUAUUGCAAUAUUAAUCUAUCCUGAUGUGGACUUUUGCUCAGAUGAUCUCGUCCGAAUUAUUUAGCAGGAACAAGCACACGUCCUGCAUGAGGACUUCAUAGGAACCGAGCCAUAAAGUAGGUCUAGUCUGAACCCCACACCUCCAGGGGGCGACACCUGUGUAGCAGGAAGACAACCUCUGUUGACGGCUAACAUGAAAGAGAGUGUGUGGCCCCCUGGUGACAAUAGUUGUGUCGUAGGUCUGUUGUUAAGAAUGUGUGUCGUUUUUCUUUUUUUUUUUUUUUUUAGUUGCAUGAUGUGGAACCUUCGUUAACUCCCGGAACUGUGAUCAUGUGACCUGCCAUGUGA